GCCUCGAUGGGACAGGAGUCGGACCGCAUGAGACCGAUGUCAGACUUUGAGGGAAGUGGGCAGACAACAGCAUGGGUUUGUGGGCAUGUACGAGCGGUGUUGGGCCGAGUCGGGAGAGGCGCUUGGGCUGCACCCUGGUACUUUGAUCACAUCUUGCGCGGGGCUGCUUCAGCGAGUCGGCGACGAGGGGUCGAGCCGGUGCGGGGUACAGGGACCGACGGCCGCCCGUUCGGUUGGCGAAGGUUGCAUUCUAUCGGCGGUCGGUUGUUCAUGUUGCCGGUGGGAAUCAUCGCCAGCGAUGCUUGCAGCGAGAAACGGCACCUUCGGGCGACAUCACAGGACCCUCAGCAGCGACAACGGAGAUACGAGUGGACGGGUUGAUCUCGGGCCAGGGCCGGCGGAGAGCAUGCGGCCGCCGAGGGAAAGAGGCAAAUGUGCACUCCCACCUGUUUCCCGCUCGUUACCGCAUGGCGACAGCCGCAGAUGGUGGAUAUCGACCUCGGCGGGCCAUCCAUCCGUCCAUCCGUCCAUCCGUCCAUCCGUCCAUCCAGCAACCAAAACAGGCAGCAAGACCAGCGACGACACCCCAUCAGCCGGCCGGCAACAUCAUCGCCCGCUCUCCACAACUCUUUCCUCCGUUGUGCAGAUGCGAAUCAACACAGGACCGACCAAGCAUCCGCUCGUCACUUCAAGACAGACAAUCAGGGCCUUAGUCGAUGGAUUGGCCCACAAAGAAGCUCCAAUCACAGCCUGGCUGAUGGCAGUAGCAACAGCGGCACCAGCGGCAACAGCGGCAACAGUGGCAACAGCGGCAAGGCCAGUCCAACCUCCAUUCACGCACACAUCUGGAUGAAAUAGCACGAUGGAACGAUGGCGUGUCCGUGUUGACCACGGCGGCGACGAUGAAUACUCAUAUUGGGCACUCUUGGGCUGCCUCUCGUUCACUGUUUCGGCGCAUCAGCAGCAGGAGAUCUGUUGCGUUUCGUUGGACCGAGUCCGCCACUGCUCAUCGAGAUAUGGAAAG